ACCGACUCACUCGGGCUAGGCAUUAAACCAAAUUUCCAUCGCACUCCGCCUCUCGCUUCCUCACGCCUUGACCCGCGGCUUGUCCCCUGCGGGGCUGCGAGCAAUACAGAAAAUUUCCUCCCUACUCGCCGGAGGUGCUCCAUAUUCGAUUUCAAUUACCCUAGUUCUUCCUCCCCCUUUUGAAGAGAGAUCUCGCCUCUUCUUUCGAUGGGAUCUGUUCCAGAACUCUCCUUAUCGUUCUAGACUUAAUUUUUGCCUUCGGAAAUAAUGAACUCCUUUUCCAUCACUCGAAAGAAGACACCUUUCCAGAAGCAUCGUGAAGAGGAAGAAGCCAAAAAGAAGAGAGCGGAAGAUGAGACUGCUCGCUUAUAUGCAGAGUUUGUAGAAUCCUUCCAGGGGAGUGACACACCUGGAUCAAAAACUUUUGUUAGAGGCGGGACUAUUAAUCCAAAUGAAAAACUGAAGACUGAUUCCGAAGGUGGAAAUUCCAAAGAUGGGGUAUCUGUUCCAAAGAAGGGAACUAGGUAUGUGCCAUCCUUCUUACCUCCAGCUUCCAAAGGAAAAGAAUCUGAGAAAAAGAAAGAAGAAGAGAAACCAAAGGAAAAGGAGAAAGGAAAACCACGGGUUAUUGACAAUUUUCUUGAGGAGCUCAAGGCUGAGCAAGAGUUGAGAGAAAAGCGGAAUCAAGAACGUGAACAAUGGCGUGAAGGGCGUCAUAGUGAGAGUUCAGCUCCAUCCAGCCGUUUUGAUGAACUGCCAGAUGAUUUUGAUUUUAAUGGAAAGCUUCCUGGUUCAUUCGACGAUGGUGAUCCCCAAACAACAAAUUUGUAUGUUGGAAACCUCUCACCACAGGUUGAUGAAAAUUUUCUUCUGAGGACAUUUGGUAGGUUUGGGCCAAUAGCAAGUGUGAAGAUUAUGUGGCCCAGAACAGAGGAGGAGCGGAGGCGGCAAAGAAAUUGUGGUUUUGUUGCUUUCAUGAACAGGGCUGACGGACAGGCUGCUAAAGAUGAAAUGCAAGGUGUCGUGAUAUAUGAGUAUGAGCUUAAGAUUGGCUGGGGAAAAUCUGUUGCACUUCCGGCACAGGCCCUCCCUGCUCCACCACCAGGACAGAUGGCUAUCCGUAACAAAGAUGGCGGUACUGUGGUCUUGUCUGGACCUGAUGGUUUGCCAAUUACUUCUGUCGCCGGCCAAAAUUCUGAGCUGGUUCUCACCCCAAAUGUUCCUGAUAUAUUGGUUGUUCCUCCCGAAGAUAAACAUCUGCGUCAUGUGGUUGACACAAUGGCAUUGCAUGUUCUUGAUGGAGGAUGUGCUUUUGAACAAGCAAUAAUGGAAAGGGGUCGUGGAAAUAAGCUGUUCAACUUCUUAUUUGAACUUGGGUCAAAAGAACACAGUUACUAUGUAUGGAGACUCUACUCUUUUGCCCAGGGUGACACCUUACAGCGGUGGCGUACAGAACCUUUUAUAAUGAUUACUGGAAGUGGCAGGUGGGUCCCUCCCCCCUUGCCAACCGCACAAAGCCCUGAGCAUGUGAAAGAAACUUCUUCCACAUAUGCUGCAGGUAGAAGCAGGCGUGUGGAAGUAGAACGGUCUUUGACAGAUCCACAGCGAGAUGAAUUUGAGGAUAUGUUGAGGGCAUUAACCUUGGAAAGGAGUCAGAUAAAAGAGGCCAUGGGUUUUGCUUUGGAUAAUGCAGAUGCAGCAGGGGAGGUUGUUGAAGUUCUUGCGGAAUCAUUAACGCUCAAGGAAACACCGAUACCUACAAAAGUAGCCAGGCUUAUGCUAGUAUCAGACAUCCUUCAUAACAGCAGCGCUCCCGUGAAAAAUGCUUCUGCAUAUCGCACGAAGUUUGAAACUAACUUACCUGAUAUAAUGGAAAGCUUCAAUGACUUAUAUCGUAGUGUUACAGGAAGAAUCACAGCUGAAGCCCUUAAGGAACGAGUUUUGAAGGUCCUUCAAGUUUGGGCAGAUUGGUUUCUCUUUUCAGAUGCAUAUGUGAACGGGCUCCGAGUUACCUUUCUUCGAUCAGGGAACUCUGGUGUAAUACCUUUUCAUUCAAUUUGUGGUGAUGUUCCUGAAAUUGAAAAUAAAACUAGCACUGAAGAUCAAUCAGGAGGAAAACUUAACCAAGAUGCUGCAUUAGCAAUGGGAAAAGGUGCAGCCAUGAAGGAGCUCUUGGCUCUUCCUCUUGCUGAACUUGAAAGGCGCUGUAGGCAUAAUGGUGUCUCUCUUGUUGGUGGUAGGGAUAUGAUGGUUGCUAGAUUACUCUAUCUGGAAGAAGCUGAAAAGCAGGGAGGCUCUGAACGAGAUGAUGAAGUAAGAUAUGGACAAAACCGGUCCAGUAGAUUUUCAAGGGAUGAUGAUGGCUGGCAUGCGAAUAAUGCUCAGAGUAGAGACAUUGACAUUGUCAAAGAAACACUAAGCUCUUCUAAAUGGAAUCGAAAUGGUGAAGAAAAUAUUGGGGAAAAUGAAGAAGGUUUUUCAGAUUCAACUCAUCAUUCUACCCGGCCUGAGGCAAGAGCUUAUUCAAGAAAGUCUGAUCGUAUUUUGCCUGAUUCCAAAUGGAGCCGUGAUGAUGAUGCCAGCAGUGAGGAAGACAAGAAAAGUUCUCUUGGUUUAGGCUUGGGUUAUUCUUCAUCUGGAAGUGAAAAUGUUGGGGGUAUUGGAAGGACAGAUGAUGCUGAGGUGACUACUGAGUCUGACAUUUUUGCUCACCCUGAUGCAGGCACGAGUGAGGAACACAGGCAGAAACUACGUCGUUUAGAGGUUGCUGUAAUCGAGUAUCGUGAAUCUCUUGAAGAAAGAGGCAUAAAAAGCUUGGAGGACAUUGAAAGAAAGGUUGCAAGUUAUCGUAGAAAGCUUCAAUCUGAAUACGGCUUAUUAGGUUCAUCAGAGAGUAGCAACAAGCAGUUAUCUCAUAAAACAUCGGGGAGGAAGGAGAAACGAGAUGAUGCCUCUGAUUCUUCAAGGAAGCGCCAGCGGAGCAAGAGCCACAGCCGAAGUCCUUCAAAGAAGCUUUCUUCCAGGGAAAGGGAUGAGGCCGAUAGAGAUCGCGACCGGCACAGAGAGAGAGACAGGUUUCAUGACACUGAAAGUAAGAGGGAGAGAGAGAAGAGUGGAAGCAGAGAGAAGGAUGACCAUGACAGUGAUCGGAGCAGAGAUCGUCGAAGAAAGGCAAAAUGAAUCAAUUCUGAGCAGUCCCAUCCUCAAAUUUUAUGGCGAUUUCAGAUGUUGGAUUGUUUUCCAUAGAACUACUUGAAAAUCCUAUAUGCUGGGUUUUGAUCAGGUAAAAAAGAGGAGCUUUCCAGGCUAUUUAAGAAAAGAUGAACGAGCGAGUGGCUUUGUUUUCUUAGGAAUUCUGUCAAAUUAUGUGAAAUUUUAUUGGAAUAUAUACAGUUAUCCGCACCUUGUAUCCAUAACAAUGCCUGUCAUCUUACAACUGAUGCAAUUGAUUCAAAAAUUUUACAAGGUAAGAGUAGAGCUGGAAUUUUGAUCUUCUCUUCCUGCAAA